AAUCUUUCCAGGUUUAAAUCCAAGCAUCAAACCUAAGAUUGUCCUCAUUGCAAAGCAUCAUAUUUAGAGUUUGUCUCGUUAACAACUCACUUCAUCAAUUUAUCCACUCCAAUGCACCUCUGAACCAUACAACAAAAACUUUUGUUGUUCCUCAAAGCUGAAAAUGUUGAAUCUAUCAGUGGAAGGACUCACUUUGGUAGUACAGAACCAUUAUGGUAUUCUCAUCGUUGCAGUGCUUUCAAUAACAAUAACAUCUCUUCUAUUGAAAGCGUGGGGAAGCACUGUCGACAUAACCGAUGAAGACGGCAUUCCUGGCCGAUUGGGAUUACCUUUCUUCGGCGAAACCUUCUCCUUCUUUUCGGCUUCUUACAGCACAAAAGGAUGCUAUGAUUUUGUUAAACAGCGGAGAAAACAGUAUGGGAAGUGGUUCAAAACAAGAAUACUCGGAAAGACUCACGUGUUCGUUCCGAGUGUUGAGGGGGCAAAAACGAUUCUAGCCAAUGAUUUUGUUCAUUUCAACAAGUCAUAUGUGAAGUCAAUGGCAGAUGCAACUGGCGCAAUGAGUGUGUUCUCCGUACCGCACAAGAUCCACACAAGAAUCAGACGUCUUCUCUCCGAUCCUUUUUCCAUGAGUUCUUUGUCCAAGUUUGCUGUAAAAUUUGACAAGAUGGUAUGUGAAAGGUUGGAUAAACUAGAAAAAAGUGGGAAAAGCUUUAGAGUCAUUGACUUCAGCUUGAAGAUAACUUUUGAUGCAAUAGUGAGCAUGCUGAUGAGUGUCACAGAGAAUCCCUUGCUAGAACAGAUUGAAAAAGACUGCACCGAUGUUUCGAAUUCUAUGUUAUCCAUUCCCCUCAUGAUUCCUGGCACCAGAUACUACAAAGGCAUGAAGGGACGUGGAAAGCUGAAUGAAACCUUUGGAAAUAUGAUUGCCAGAAGACGUAUCGGAGAGGAAUAUUUUGAUGAUUUUCUGCAGACCGUGGUCGAUAGAGAUUCGUAUCCAGAAGAUGAAAAGCUUGAUGAUCAAGAGAUCAUAGAUAACCUAAUAACACUGAUACUUGCGGGGCAAACCACCACUGCAUCUGCUAUGAUGUGGUGUGUCAAGUUCCUAUCUGAAAAUAAAGAUGUACUCGACAGGCUUAGGGAAGAGCAAUUGUCAAUAGUUAGAAAUAAGGCUGAAGGAGCCUCACUCACCCUUGAAGAUCUUACUGAAAAGUCAUAUGGCUUCAAGGUUGUAAAAGAAACACUGCGAAUGGCAAAUGUCUUGAUUUGGCUUCCUCGCGUUGCGAUGGACGACUGCAUAAUUGAUGGGUUUGAGGUAAAGAAAGGGUGGCUUGUAAAUGUUGAUGCAACCUGUAUACACUACGACCCUAAUGUGUACAAGGACCCUACACGGUUUAACCCUUCAAGAUUCGACGAUUUCCAGAAGCCCUACAGUUUCCUCCCUUUUGGAGCAGGGCCUAGAACAUGCCUAGGCAUAAAUAUGGCAAAAGUGGCAAUGUUGGUGUUUGUACAUAGACUGACUAGUGGAUACAAAUGGACACUUGAUGAUCCAGAUAGCUCCCUAGAGAGGAAGGAACAUAUCCCUCGACUCAGAAGUGGUUGUCCGAUAACCCUCAAGGCAUUAAACAAGGGAAAGUAAGCUGGGAUUAUCUCCGGGAGAAUUCGUUCUCCAUCGUCAAGGUUUUCAAAGCAAAA